AUGAUUCCAGAAGCUUCUCCACCUCUACCUUCACCCGCUGACGUCACUACCGCUUCUACAACUAAUCCAACACCACCACAGCUUCUUCUUCUUCUACCACCACUACCACUGACAAUCGAUCCUGCCGUAUCGUCUGUUAAUCCCACCAGCAUCCCAACACCAUCCCCAUCGAAAUCUCAGAAUUUCUCGAUUUCCCGCCUUUUGGAAUGA